UACAGCUCCUCUCUUCUCUUCUCUUAUCCUCUCCUCUCCUUUCUCUCUCAGCAUCUUCCGCUGGUUUGGUCUUUCAAUAAGGUCUCGUUACACUUAUACGUGCUUGGUCCAAAGGUCUUUAUAAUUCGAUAUACAGAGCCAAUGCCAUAUAUAGAAAUGAAGAGCAAGAUAAGCAAGGUUCUUGGUGUCUGUAAGAAACAUAAAGCAACUAUAAGAAGCUCGUCCUCUUUGUCCAAAAUAUCAGGGGACUUGGAAAGCAUGACCACAGCUACUACUCCUACGUGCCACGAGGAUGAGAAACAGCAUCUUGUUUCUUCAGAUUUGGAUACUUUUGCUCGGGAUAGUGAAACCAAUGAGUCCGCUGAAAUGCUUGUUGAAGACACUUCUCAGUCUCAGGCGUUUGCAUCUUCAGUUGAUGGUUCUGAAUCUGUCGAAAAAACGGAAAUUGCUUGCAAUUACAUGUCAAACUCAGAUACAAUAUUUUCACCUGUUCUGAAUGAUGAACUGGAUGGAAAUGAUCGAGUAUUUACAGCAGGAAACUCCGUGCACUGGGAAACCCCCAGGUGGGGAGCCGACGAGAGCAGCAACAAGAUUUGCUUUGACAACCAAACGUGCAACGUUUCUGAUUUCUAUAUUUCUGACGUUCUCAUUGCGAGCUUGCCUUUUGAUGAAAGUGCAAAUGAUGCUUUCACUGAAAUUAGUCCCUUGCCUCAUUACAUCUUUCCUGAGCAGUACAUGGUACUACCUUACUUAGAAGAUGGAUCAGCCAACACAGAUGAUAUUAAGUCAGAUGUUGACAAGAUUAAUCUCGAUAACCAUGACUUGUUUCUGGCGUUCAACCGGACAAGAUCCUACAACGUUGAACCAGAGGAUCAUGCUGAAGCUGAACUAGCUGAAGACUUUGACCCGCAGCUUUUUAUAAAAAAUCAGCCGGAAUUAUCAGAUGUUGUAUCCAAUUACUGGCCUCGGGAUACCCUAAGAAAGAAGUCUGUGACCCUUGUCCUUGAUUUGGAUGAAACUUUGGUCCAUUCGACUUUGGAAUCGUGUAAUGCUGCAGAUUUUUCCUUCAGGGUCUUCUUCAACAUGCAAGAAAACACGGUCUAUGUGAAACAAAGGCCACACCUUUACAGGUUCUUGGAGAGGGUGGUAGAACUGUUUCAUGUCGUCAUCUUCACAGCAAGCCACAGCAUCUAUGCCUCACAACUUCUAGAUAUAUUGGACCCAGAUGGAAAGUUCAUAUCACAGCGCUUUUAUCGCGAUUCGUGCAUUCUUUUGGAUGGAAUUUACACCAAGGAUUUAAAUGUUCUGGGUCUUGAUCUGGCCAAAGUGGCUAUAAUUGACAACUGUCCGCAGGUAUACAGAUUGCAAAUAAAUAAUGGGAUCCCUAUCAAAAGUUGGUACGAUGAUCCAACUGAUGAUGGUUUGAUUUCGAUACUUCCCUUCUUAGAGACAUUGGCUGUUGCUGAUGAUGUUCGGCCUAUCAUUGGCAGGAGAUUUGGUAACAAGGAAUAAGAGCUUCCUUCUCUUUUUUUAUCUCUAUACAUCGAGUGCAGAUUCUGAUUUCUUUCCUUUCGAAUUUUAGUCAUAAAUUGGCUCUUAAUUAGUUUCUCAUAUCUCUUUUUAGGUCGUUAAUUAGGUAACCAAAGAAUAAGCUCGUUGAGUCUAGUGAGAGUAAGUUUCCUUGCUUGCUCGUUUUUUUUUAAUAGAAGACCUAGUUGUGGGCUUAAAUCUUAUGAUGUUGCUAGUUCUUCUCUGCCAAGAUAGAUCCUAGAAAAUCUUGCAGUUUGUCACAAAUGUACAGUUGGUUAAGCUGAUAUAAUGGAUGUGUACAAAUGAGUUCUUAUUGCGUGAAAUCUUUUUGCAAGUUAACACCAGCUGCGUUCAUGUCUCUCUCUCUCUGGACUCAUUGGUGAAUCCAGAACGUAUUAAAUGUGUCUUCGCCAGUCAUAGAAAUACAGAAAUAUAUUCAAAUAAUGCAGAAGUUGUUGAGUCAUGAAUCUUGAAUCUUCUGUCAGCUUCUCUUGUUUAUUUUAAAGGUUCUGAGCAAAGUUAUCCCACGUUUUCCAUCUCUUGGCUUUGCAACAUUCAGAUGAGAUUUCAUACCUCGAGGUUGGAGGAAUUCUGAGUAUGCGAUGAUCGAGUCAAGCUCAUGGUAUAUAUAUAUAUAGUCUAUAAUGCUCAUUAAAGGUUUUAUGAUUUUGCAUGCCUUAUGUGCAGAUAUCAUCCAAUGAAGUAACGAAACUUAACUAUAUUUAUACGCUUAAUGGAAAUGACAAGAGUAGGUAAGUUUUAAAUCCAUUUUUUACUUAGUCCUUUCUUUGGUCUAACAAACUUCUUGUGCUUCUGGUUUCUUAUUCCCUUCCUCUCCAACCUUGUAAUUGUUUUUUAUACUGAAAGCUGUUUCACAAUCAUGUUACUUAACUCGGUCCAAAAUCUGUUUAUGUCCCUCUCUUUCUCCCCCUUGUUUCAUGUAGAGGGAAGAAGGUUCUUGUCUUAAUAUCAUAAACGUUUUAGUCACAGAUGAUUGUUUAAAUUGUAUCUCAGUUUCAGUAAUGCUGUGUUUCAGUU